AUGUAUGUGGAGAUGGCUUAGUUGUAGUAGAUCCUUAUGGAUUCUUCUAUGAGCAAUGUGAUGAUGGCAAUACAUUUAGUUACGAUGGUUGUAUGUUAGCCAACAACUAUUUGCACAAGUUGUAUAAACGAUAGAUGUGAAGAAUGCGCUACUGGAUAUUAUCUUUCUGAUCAAAAAAUAUGUAAGCCAAUUUGUGAAGAUUCUAUGAUUGUGGUUGGUGAAGAAUGCGAGAACUCAUUUAUACUACCAUAUAAAGGUUGUAAUAAUUGUUAAGCAAGAUGUUAAUCUUCUUGUCUCACUUGUAGUACAACUGGACUUGGUUGUCUAUAAUGUAAAAGUGGUUACAAUAGAAUUGAUAAUUUAUGUUAUUCAAUUUGUGGUGAUAAAAUAAUAACUUAAGAUGAAUAAUGUGAUGAUGGUAAUUUUAUUAUUGGAGACGGAUGCCAUCUUUGUCAAUUUAGUUGUUAGGACUCUUGUCUUUAUUGUCUUUAAGGAAUCUGUUAUAAUUGUUAAGAAGGUUAUUAAUUAAUAUAAUCUAAAUGUUACUCUAUCUGUGGAGAUGGUCUAUAGAAAAAUAAUGAAUAAUGUGAUAUUAACUCUUCAAUACAGAUUUAUCAAAAUUGUUAAUCCUGUAAAUUUUAUUUGUGA